CACCAUACCCAAGUCUUUUAAUUUGGCGUGCGAGCUUUUUUCUGCACACGACCUUCUUUCAACUUUAUUUCCGGUUCACACUGUUACGCCAUGACGUCAACAUCUGUCUGAACGAACCGACCAAAAAAAAGGGAGCGCCGGCAAAGAGGAGAACAUGGCUGUAAAUGUAUACUCGACUUCAGUGACGAGCGACAACCUGAGUCGCCAUGACAUGCUUGCGUGGAUCAACGAGUCUUUACAGAUGAACCUCACAAAGAUUGAGCUACUAUGUUCAGGUGGUGCCUAUUGCCAGUUUAUGGACAUGCUCUUUCCUGGCUGUGUGCCUUUGAAGAAAGUCAAGUUUUCAGCAAAGUUAGAGCAUGAAUACAUUCACAAUUUUAAGAUCUUGCAAGCUGGAUUCAAGAAAAUGGGUGUGGACAAAAUUAUCCCUGUCGACAAGUUGAUAAAGGGCAAGUUCCAGGACAACUUUGAGUUUGUGCAGUGGUUUAAGAAGUUCUUUGAUGCCAACUAUGACGGAAAAGAGUAUGACCCAGUGGAGGCACGCCAGGGGCAGGACACAAUGUCCGUGCCCAACCCAGCUAUGCCUGCUCUCAACAAGCCCAAAAAGAUCAUGAAUGCAGCGCCACAAAGGGCCGCUGUGGCCAAGGUAGCACCCAAGAUGACUCCCAGUUCAGCACGGAGGCCAGGCGCUGGUGGCGACGAUGAAAGGGCAGAACUUGUACAAGAGUUGAAUAUCCUGAAGUCCACAAUCCAGGACAUGGAGAAGGAGCGGGACUUCUACUUUGGCAAAUUGAGGAACAUUGAGCUGAUCUGCCAGGAGAAGGAGAGUGAGGGAGACCCUACCCUGCAGAGGAUUGUGGAUAUUCUCUACGCCACAGAUGUGAGUGAAGAGCAGGAGGGCUUUGUCAUACCAGAUGCUGAAGCAGAAGACCAGGAGGAGUUCUAAUACUUAUAACUAGAUCCAGUUUUGUCCUUGUCUCCUCCCUCAUCUCUACACAUUCACUCCCUCCUGCUGUCUCGGAUCAUGUUACGCAUUUCGGACACAAUGAACGCUGUAUGGAAAGUAAUUUGGGUUGAAUCCAGAAUUAAAGUAGCUACAUUAGAAGUACAUCCUCCGAUACCUUCUGAGAGAAGAUGUGCUCGUCUAGACGUGGCUGCUCAACUGAUCUCGCUGGGCUCAGGAGAGAUGGAGCAUGAAGUAUCAUGUAAAGUUCCUGCAGCUACAGGGGAACCUGCAACUUUAUUCCUCAUUAGAUAUUCAUCUUUGACUGUUCCUUUUUGCCACAGUGUGAAUAGAGGGGAUGUUUUAGUUUUUCCCCUCACAAGAUGGAUGGCAUGUAUUUCAAUAUUAUAAUAAUGCUAUACUAAUCAUGUUUUCAUAUUUAACAAUGUACUUCCUUCACAAAAUCUUAGAUUUUGCAUUUGGCUCAGAUGUGAAUUAGCAAAACAAUCCUUUUAAAAAUUUCACCUUUUCAUCAGUUUACAUUGCAUUUUAUUCCUAUGCGAUUAUUUUUAGUGAAAGGCUUGUUGCAGUCACCUUUUCUCCAGCUUCGAUCCUGUGACUGUGCCUUAUAGACUGAGUGGAGGGAGACCAGUCUGAUGUCUGUGUUUGUCUUUGUUUGUGUGUCAGAACAUUUUCUCAUGGUCUAGGAAGUCAGUUUUUGCUGCAAAGAAGGUUGAUUUUGUUUAUGAACUUUCCGAAAUUGGCCACAAACUGCCAUGAUUGUGAUUAGUAACUGUUUAUUCGUGAUCAUUUGGGAUAUUUUUGUAACUGUGACAUUACCAGCGUAGUUGCAAAAUCAUCCUCUGUGACAUCAUUUUUACUAAUUGAUUUGCUUUUGUCGAAAAAAUUAUAAUUUUAAUUCACUGUCCACUAUAGCAGUGGAUUCAGAGGACAAACAAAUAAUUGGAAAAACAAAUAUUCAUUUACGCACUUUGAGUGCAUAGACUUUUUUUUUUUUUUUUUUUUUACAAUUUAAUAUUUAAUGUAUCAUUUUACCAUUUCGCAACUUUUAAUCUCUGCCUUGGUAGAAUUCCCUUUCUGUAUUGGCAAGUGUUUGAAUCAAAUUAAAAAAAUGUUUGAACAUU